AUGGCGAUGCUGAACGUGAGUGCGCUCAUCACGGGCUACGACACGAUAGGGGACCACACCGAGUUUAUUGUAGAGAUUUCGUGUAAUGGCGGCUUGUGGCGUAUCUCACGGCGCUUCAGUGACUUUGAUCAGCUUCAUUCACGUCUAAUUCGACGCUUUGGAGACCUUAUUGAAGCUUCUUUGCCUGAAAAACAAUGGUUUGGUCGAUUUGAUCCCAACUUUUUGAUGAAGCGUCAGACGAGUCUGCAAGAGUAUCUUGAUGGACUGCUGCUGGUACCAGGUAUUCUGGACGAUGCAUCUUUGCAGCACUUUUUGGAGUUGGAAAAGCAUUUGGAUUUGCAUAAUGAGCUAGAUAUGGGCGGAAUGGGUAGCAACGGUCGAACGAGUGGAAUGUGGUCUGGCAAGGGUGCAUUAAGUGAGAACGAUCGUUUGAGCGGUAUCGUGGAGAGCGCAGCGCAAGCUUUCAUUGACAUCAGUGAGGUACCCGAGCCGCUGGAAGCUGAACAAGCUGUGCAGCGCAAGAACGAGAUUGUGACGGUCUCGCAGAGCCUUUUGAACGAGCAAAAGUUGGGGGAGCAAUUUACUGCACAGCUUACGACUCUCCGUCUCCCGCGUGUUCAAAGGCAGCCAACGAAUGAGGAGUUAAUUUCACGUCUAGAUGCUGGCAAUGAGGAUGGCUUGACGUAUGAGCAAGAACACGAGUUUCUUUCGGCCAUUUUGAAGAACAUAGAAGCUUCACUUUGCAUGGAAAUUACAUCUCCAUCCGUUGACUUAAUAGCUGUCAUGACUGUAUCGGCGACGCCAGAGACACCUGCAAUCGGGUUGAAUGGAUCUCAGACGAACGAAAAUGGUGCUCCUGAGGCGGGAUAUCUGGAUGACCGAGGCAGCAUUGGCAACGGGUCUUUCAGUUGA